GAGGCAGAUGAUCCCAUGGGAUGUUGAAAGAGAUGAUGAGGGAACUGCUACUCUUCAGUGGUGGAGAAUCAGACGUCGAGUAGAAUCCAUCAGCAUCGAAAGCGGAAGGCCGAGUCACUACUGGUGAGGAGAAAGGUCUGGAGAGGGAACGUGAGAGGAAGAGGAGGUGGAGGAGGAGGAGAAGACGAAGAAUAGAGGGAGAUAAGCCACGACAGGAAGCAAACACACACUGAGACGUCCACGCCGCUGGUUUAUGUGCGUCUGUGUGUUUGUGUCAGACGGCGAGAGAGAGGCUGCGUGAGUUAGAGGGUGAACGGGAAAGGAAGGAAGAAAGGGAGGGAGAGUGACGCGGAGACUGGGAGAGCCGCCCCCCCCUCCUCCUCUUCUCCCUCUCUUUCUCCUCUCCUCCCCUCCCUCCCCUCCCUCUCUGGCUGUGCGGAGCAGGCGUGUAACGGCAUCAGACUCGGCGUGAAGGAACCAUGAGCGAUGUCACCAUCGUUAGAGAGGGAUGGCUCCAGAAAAGGGGUGAAUACAUAAAGAACUGGCGCCCACGUUACUUCCUGCUCAAGACAGACGGCUCCUUCAUCGGCUACAAAGAGAAACCUCAGGAUGCAGACCUCCCUUACCCACUAAAUAACUUUUCAGUAGCAAAAUGCCAGCUGAUGAAGACAGAGAGGCCAAAGCCAAACACCUUCAUCAUACGCUGCCUUCAGUGGACCACUGUCAUCGAGAGGACCUUCCAUGUGGACUCUCCUGAUGAGCGAGAUGAGUGGACUGAGGCCAUCCAGAUGGUGGCAGACAAGCUGCAGAGACAAGAGGAGGAGAGGAUCCAGUGCAGCCCCACGUCCAACAUUGACAACAUGGUUGAGGAGGAAAUGGACAUCUCCACUACACACCACAAACGCAAGACAAUGAGUGACUUUGACUACCUGAAGCUGCUCGGAAAGGGAACCUUUGGUAAAGUCAUCCUUGUCCGGGAAAAGGCCAGUGGGAAAUAUUAUGCCAUGAAAAUCCUCAAAAAAGAAGUCAUCAUAGCCAAGGAUGAAGUUGCUCACACACUCACAGAGAGCAGAGUACUGAAAAACACCCGGCACCCUUUUCUCACUUCGCUGAAGUACUCGUUCCAGACUAAAGACCGUCUCUGUUUCGUCAUGGAGUACGUGAACGGAGGGGAGCUGUUUUUCCAUUUGUCCAGAGAGCGAGUGUUCUCAGAGGAACGCACGCGCUUCUACGGCGCUGAGAUAGUCUCAGCACUCAACUACCUGCAUUCAGCCAAGAUUGUGUACCGGGACCUCAAGCUGGAAAACCUGAUGCUGGAUAAAGACGGUCAUAUAAAAAUCACAGAUUUUGGACUCUGCAAGGAGGGCAUCACUGACGCUGCUACCAUGAAGACCUUCUGUGGAACACCAGAGUACCUCGCACCAGAGGUCCUGGAGGACAAUGACUAUGGCCGUGCUGUUGACUGGUGGGGGCUGGGCGUGGUCACGUACGAGAUGAUGUGCGGCCGGCUGCCGUUCUACAACCAGGACCACGAGAAGCUGUUUGAGCUCAUCCUCAUGGAGGACAUCAAGUUCCCACGCACGCUGUCGGCCGACGCCAAGUCGCUGCUGUCCGGCCUUCUCAUCAAAGACCCAAACAAAAGGCUGGGGGGAGGACCAGACGACGCAAAAGAAAUAAUGAGGCACAGUUUCUUCUCCGGCGUCGACUGGCAGGAUGUUUACGACAAAAAGCUCGUCCCUCCCUUCAAGCCUCAGGUGACGUCCGAGACGGACACCAGGUACUUUGAUGAGGAGUUCACUGCUCAAACCAUCACAAUCACCCCACCCGAGAAAUUGUGUUCAGCACUGAAUCAUGCAUGAGUGGAGCUGACGGGUUUCUCCGCUCUAAGGUGAGGCUCCACCUGAUCUGCAGCUCACACGGCACUGCGGGAGCCUGCCACAUCCGACGCCUGCUUGUUAAUUGAAUUCUUCUCAGUUUGUUUCCUCACCGCUGAACCAAAACACAAUGUUAUUGCAGUGAAUCGUAAAACUAUUCACACCCUUUUAACUUUUUUUUUGUCACAUUACAAACACUAACUUUAAAGAAUUUGGGUCAUAUUUGAUAAGUGGAUACCUGUGAGGUAAAAUAACAAAAAAUUUUAGCCUAAGCUCUAGGGCAGGGGUCGGCAACAUGCGGCUCCAGAGCCGCAUGCGGCUCUUUAGCGCCCCCAUUGCGGGUUCUUGGAGCUUUUUCAAAAAUUUAUGAAACUUUAAAUUUAUUUAUUUUUUGUUAAUAUGGUGUGCAGAAGGUCAAACAAUGCUGUAAACAUUUGUAUAAUAAAUAAAUAUCAAAAAUAUAAGUAGACAUUUAUUUCAGCAAAAAUGUGCGUCAUAGCCAUAGAGAUCAGUGGUCAAAGCCUGCAACACAUGUCUCAGCGCGGCGUGGUGCCAGGCAAAGAAAGCGGCGGGUGUUUCUCACGCCAUUGAUCCCAAAGAGGAAAAAAAGUAAGAUACCUGAUGAGAACAGGGGAUUCAACGAAUAAUAGACCAAUUAAUUUGCUUUCAUUAUCAAUGCGGAAGGAUUGCCUGCAUUUUUGCUUUGGCACGAGAAUUUGUCAAAUAAUAAAAAUAGUAAUUUGGAAAUGCAUUUCCAGGGAAGGCUAAAUAUACAGCCGAUCACAAAGUUGUGAGUUAGAGAAAGAAUAUGAUUGUAGAACGUCUGGAUAAAUUAGAGGAGAGCAAAGAUAUAUUAAGGAAAUGGAUUGCAUCUCCAAACUCCACUACUGCUGCUAGUUUUGUUUGAAGCAUUAAAAAAACGUCCACAGAUCAAACAGGUAGCGCUCAG